CUAUAGAUUAGCUAUUUAUCUGAGAUUUCCACAGCUACCACCCCCUUCACCAUCGAUCUUGGCCAGGAAUGGAGUGGGCCAGCUAGCUGAUAGUGCUCCACCCCACUGCCCCGUCCUUGCCCUUGCCCCUCACCCGGGGUCACAUAAUCUCGGGCCGAUAAGCGGAACGGAACGGAAUAAACCAAACCCAUAUUGCAUUUGCAGCGAUAACGGACACAGGCGACAUGGCUCAAACUCAAUCCACCGAAGUGCUGGUCUUUGGCUCGGCCAUUAUAGACUUUAUAUGUUACACUCCCCGCCUGCCGAAACCCGGGGAGACGCUCCAUGGACACCGAUUUCAGACGGGCUACGGCGGAAAGGGCGCCAAUCAGUGUGUGGCCGCCGCACGACUGGGAUCCCGGACGGCGCUGGUGGCCAAAUUGGGAACAGACACCUUCGGCGCCGACUAUCUGCGGCAGCUGCGUGAGGAGGGGAUCAAUGUGGAGCACGUGCAGCAGCUGGAGGGCCAGACGACGGGCGUGGCGCAAAUAGGCGUAUCCGAUGGCGGCGAGAACAACAUCAUCAUCGUGGUGGGCGCCAACAGCAAGCUGAGCUCCUGCGAUGUGGCUCAAGCAGAGGCACUCUUCCAGGAGGCCAAGGUUUUGGUCUGCCAGCUGGAGACGCCCAUCGAGGCCACCCUGACGGCCCUGAAAUCCUUCCGUGGCGUGUCCAUUGUGAAUGCGGCACCGGCCAUGGAGAAUACCCCAAGGGAACUGCUCCAGCUGGCCGGGAUCUUCUGUGUAAACGAAAGCGAGGCGGCGCUGAUGACCCAGAUGGCCAUCGUUGAGACCGUGGAACAAGCUCAAACUGCCAUUGCAAAGCUGAUAGAGAUGGGAGCCAACACGGUGAUCAUUACCCUGGGCAAACUAGGAGCUGUCUUCGGAUCUGCUGAAUCUAAGGGCGCCUACCGGCAUGUGCCUGCACCACAUGUACCGUCCGAAAAAGUGGUGGACACCACGGGAGCCGGCGACGCCUUCAUCGGAGCACUGGCCCACAAUAUUGCCCGCAAUCCGAAAGGCAAACUGGAGGACAGCAUAGCCGCCGCCUGUGCCGUGGCCUCGCAAUCCGUCCAGUUGCCCGGGACGCAGGCCAGCUUUCCACGCACUUAGAGACGAAAUUCAGUCCGCACAAUAAAUCUUAUUCCUGA